AGUUUACCGAUAAAUUUCCGGUCCGUCCGGAAUGCACUUGUUUCGUGCUCGGGAAUUUGGAUGUUUUUUGCUCACAAUCGUGCAUCACGAUGAUAACUUUAUAUAAACUAACAAUAUCAAAUGAAUAUCUGCAACAAUUCUGGGAAUAAUGGGAGAAAAGAUUAUUGUUAUUACGCCUGCGAAAAUUGUGGCAGAAGUUCUAUGCGUUAUUACAGUAGUAUGGUUACUUGUGGCAGUGGCAGGGGAAGGCUGGGUGGUAGUUCGGUUCCUGUACUUCGAGGAUCAAACUUGGACUUGGGGACUCUGGAAAACGUGCAACAGACUCGAAGAUGUGUUAAUUAUCUGUGUCAAUGAAGACUGGAUUACAGUAUGUCUCGUGUUCAGUAUAAUAGCACUGAUCCUGUCAAUGGCGGCCUCCGUUUGUGGGUUACUGGGCAUGCGCGAUCCCGACAAUAAACCCAACAUAUUCUAUAAAGUUGCCGCCGGGUUUCUCUCUGUCGUAGCUUUACUAGAGUUUAUGGUCGUGGUUAUAUUUCCGGUCAAGUUUGGUCAGGAUAUCCGGUAUGCGGAGGCCGUUAGGAGGUGGGAUUUUGACUGGGCGUAUGGGUUCGCAUGGGGAGGACUUAUUUUUAGUAUAGGUGCAGCAAUUUCAUUUGUCAUGCCUAUGAAAUGCCUUUCUAUAAAAUCUGAUAACAGAAAUGAAGAAUAUUCUAAAGGAUCAAGCGUCCCGGAGCCCUAA